AUGUCCCCACGGGUCGACCCACUGGUUCUGGUCAAACUGGGGCCGGGGGUCCGACCCGAGACCAAGAGGUGGCUGCUCAGACUCAUCGGAACACCGCAGACAGAUGGAGGAGCAGGAUUACUGGCCCACCCUGGAGAGGAGGCCAGUGGGGACAUCAUGGUGCUGUCUGCCCCGCGCUGCACUCUGCUCCGGGCCACUGAAGAGCUGGGUCUGUGUAAAACCUACAAGAACGGCAACAUGGAGGCCUUCUCCUAUGACGACAGAGACAACUUUAAAGACUCCGACAACGUGGAGGUGUUUCUGACCCUGGCGGAGCGGCAGUACAUCGUGAAGUAUGAGCUGGACGGAGUGCGGGCUCAGAGGGACAUAAGGGUUCCUGGUCUGGACGUCGGCUGCUCGAUACAACCACGAGACAACAUAUGGCAGAAGCUCACCUCAGCUGGGGUGAUUGUGGACACUGUUGCCCUUCACGACCAGGAGCAGCUGAAAGAGCUGAGCCGGGCCUGGUAUGCGGGUAACCAGCUGGUCCAGCCUCUCGAUUCGGUCCAUUCCUACUUUGGGAGUUCUCUGGCCUUCUACUUCAGCUUCCUCGAUUUCUACACAUGGUCUCUGCUGCCACCCGCUGUCAUCGGAUUGACUAUAACUUACUUCUCAGGCGAGGUGCAGAAGGAGAUGGUGGAGUCCGUCUCGGGGUCCGUGGCGGCGGAGGAGGACCACUCGAGCCUGGGCAUCAGCGGUCACAUGAUCCAGGCGCUCUUUAGCAUGCUCUGGUCCACGGUGGUCCUGGAGCUGUGGAAACGCCGCAGCGCCUCUCUGUCGUACCGCUGGGGGACGCUGCACCUCACAGAGCGCUUCGCCGAGCCCCGACCAGGUUUCCACGGCGACCUGGGCGUCAACCCGGUGACCGGCCGGGUGGAGCCUCUGUUCCCGGAGUGGCAGAGGGACCUCCGCAUGGCGCUGGUGUCGGUGCCGGUGGUUGCAGUCUUUCUUGCGCUGGUGAUGGUGGGCAUGAUGGUGUUCUAUUGGGGGGAGGUGCAGGUGAAGAGGCUGCAUGAGGACUGGGACUCUCUGUGGACUCAGACCCUGAUCUACCUGCCCUCUAUCCUUCACAUCGUCUACACCAACGUACUGGCCACCGUUUACAGGACCGUGGCAAAUGUUUUAACUGAAUAUGAGAACCACAGAGAAGAGUCCGCAUUCGAAAAUCACCUCACCGGAAAAGUCUUAGUGUUCACCUUUUUCAACUGCUUUGCUGUGCUCUUCCAUAUCGCCUUCUUCAAACAAGAUGUGCCUUUGCUACGAAAGCGUUUAGCCUCGUUGCUGAUAGUGACGCAGAUCAUAAACCAGUUCACGGAGGUGGUGGUGCCGUUCCUGGUGGACAGGUUUAUCAGCGCUCCCAAUCGAGCGGAGAGUGAAGACGAUCCUCAAGAAGAUAAAUUCAGGAAUCAGGGAACUCUGCCGGUGUUUCCAGGCUUGUUUGCAGAAUACAUCGAGCUCCUGGUGCAGUUUGGGUACUUGAGUCUUUUCUCCUGCGUCUUCCCCCUCACCGCUGUGCUGCUGCUCAUCAACAACCUCACAGAGAUACGAUUGGACGCUUACAAAGUCUGCAAACUCUUCUGCAAACCUUUCUCUGCCCCCGUGGCCAACAUGGGCGUGUGGCAGAUCGCCUUCGAGGUGCUGAGUUUUGUUUCCGUGGUGACAAACUGUUGGCUCCUGAUGCUGUCGCCACAAAUCCAGGCGCUGUGUUUGGACGGAGAGUUCAGCUGCUCGAACGUCCUGCUGCUGGCGGUGGCGAUGGAGCAUGUCUUGAUUCUUGUGAAGUUGGUGCUGUCUGUGCUAAUCCCAGAUGAACCCGGCUGGAUCAAGAAAAAGAGGCUUCAUAUAGAGUUUAAAUCGAUGCAGGCCCUCCGACAGCAGAAAACGAUCCUGGGACCAUCUUAA